AUGGCCUCCACUCCUCAGAAUGCGGCCGGUUCAGCCUCAAUAAGCACCAUGGCUCACUAUCUUCAACAACCGACUCUACGUUGGGUGAUGCUUGCAGGUCUAGGAGCGGGCUCACUCCUCGUCGCAACACGGUUCUUCCCAAGCCUCUCUGCCAUGGGCAAGGAUGAAAUCACCUCAGAUCGCGAGGAUCGUCAACGAGAGUUGUCACCGCCCUCCACUGCUGGUAACAAGGCGAAGCGCGAUCGAUUCAAAGAUGACGCCGAGCCGAUUGCCAUUUUUUGGGAUGUAGACAACUGCGCUCCACCCACAGGCUCCUCUGGACGUUCCGUUGCUCUUGCCGUCCGCACAGCUAUCCAAAAUUUCGAAAUUGGCCCAAUCGUCAGCUUCAAGGCCUAUCUGGAACUUUCUUCCGAGACACAGGCACCCAAUGCGGCACAAGUGCAACUUAGAAGCGAGCUGCAAGGAUGCGGUGUCAGCCUGAUCGACACUCCAAAGAGCGGCAGAAAGGAUGUCGCAGACAAGAUGAUGAUCACUGACCUCCUCGCGUAUGCCAUCGACCAACCUGCUCCCGCUACGGUUGUUCUCAUCUCUGGCGAUCGUGACUUUGCUUAUCCACUCGGCAUUCUUCGGAAUCGAGGAUACAAUGUCGUUCUUGUGACGCCGCCCAUCGGUGCUGUCCCCAUUCUCGAGGCCUCGGCUAACGCAGUUUUGUCAUGGCGUCAGGAUGUGCUUGGUAUUCAGACCAACAAAGAUGGAAAGCAGCACAGUAGCUACACCAACAACGCCUCGGGCCUACCUCCGAAGCCAAGUGCUACCAACACUACGGACCACCAACCUCCUUCUACAAGCGACGUCAGCUUGUCAGCAGGCAAGUCCCUUGGCGCCCUGAAAAACAAGGAUCAAUCGCCGUCCGAACGUAGUCUGAAGCUGUUCGACCCUCUCGUCAGAGUGCUCGAGCAAAUCAAGAAGGAGGGCAACCCGAAGCCCUUACGUUCGAUGGUAGCGUUGCGUCUUAUUCAGCAAGAUAAGAACGUCUUUUCGCGGGCUGGCGCGGCCAAGUGGGCCGAGUAUGCUGCCGUCGCGGAAGCUGCUGGUAUCGUAAAGCUGGGAUCUUCGGGGCAGUCCGGCUUUGAGUGGGUCACACUAAACGACAACGUCCAAUCCGCUGCAUCAUCGUCGCCUCCCACGGUUCCGAGCACUUCAUCUUCGUCAUACAGCUCUGCACCCAUUCGACAGAAGCCAGUCUCACACGGUUCAACGUCCAGCAGCUCUUCCAACGACCCUAAGCUCAAGCCGUUCCUUCCGCUGAUUGAGAUUUGCAAUCAGCACAGAUCACAGAGCAAAUCAAAACCGCUGUGCUCCUACGUUGGCAGCCAGCUUGCGAUUCUCGCUCGUCAUGGUAUCGUGGACGCCUACGCUCUCGCCGGCGUGCCCGGCUGGAGAGAGUACAUAGCUGCUGCUCAAAAAGCCGGAGUAGCACGACCUGCAUUGACAGAUCACGGAGGUGUACUUGCGGUCGAGCUGCAUCCUAGACUUUUCCACCUGCACUCGAAUCAGUUUACUGCAUACUUUAAUCGUAUCACCGAUACAGCCACUACCUCUUCGCCGUCGGUAGACAAAAAGAUGCCAACCGCCAAGCGUACCUUUGUAGACUCUGGCUCAUCAAAAAACACGUUGAAGAACGAGUUUACACUCACGGGGGCUAGCUCUGGGAAAGGUAAAGCUCUCGCCAUUCUAAAUGGUCAUGAGAUUCCACGCAUUUUUCUGCCGCUCGCCACACUGCUUCUCGAGCAGAUGGCCGAGGGACGCAGCUAUUUGACCGACUAUUUCUGUCAUUCCACCAUCAGUACUUUAAACUCUUUGGUUGCGGUGCCUGGAUUGAAAGUCAAGACCGCCGAAGAGUUCCAGGAGUAUGUCGAGGCUGCUGUGGCGGCCAAGAUUGUUACUACGGAGCCGGGAGUCAAGCCCAACGUGCGGUUUGUACGUCUUCAUCCUCGACUCGUUCGACCUGGAACCAAGACCAGCGUCACAGAUGGUGAGGAUGAAGACUCGGACGAAGCAGAGUCUUACGACCAGCCUCGAUCCAAAGCACUGGUUUCGUCAGACAACAGCAAAACGAUAGAUCAAGCCGGCGUCGUGGAAGGCCAACUGAAGCCAGCAGAUCUAGAAGCGAUUCGCAAAGAGGCGAGUCGAGUGCUAGCAUCCUUGCAGCGUUCCACAACGUCGGAAGGCACGACUGCUUCUGGAUCUGUUCACGCCGAUGACGCUAGCCGCUUUUACCCGCUUAUCGAGAGCUUUGUCGCCUUGACCAGCGAGGGCAUGACGCCGGUGACGAAAGCGAAACUCUCCAGCGAAGUCGCUAAGCGCAACCCGGGGUUCCCCGGGAUCGGCGCAUUUUACCAGUCACUAGGCUGCACUGGCUUCACCGACUACCUUCAACAAGCCAAAGAAAAAGGUUUGGUCAACAUCACCGAUUCGGAUGGUAUCCUUUUACAACCCUCAAACAUGUUGAGUGGUCUCCCCGAUCAUAUCAUUACGCUGUAG